AACAAAAUUAAUUUUCGAACUCUUUCUUUUUUUGUAUCACAACUAAUGUUACCAUGUCGAAAUUUAUUCACGUAGCUGUCCUGGCCGGCAGCUCAAUGUUUGCACUCUCUGCUGCCGGAGCUGCCCAGGAUCGAAGCAAAGCGCCCCAGAUGAAACGUGAGCUGCCCACACGCAGCAUGAAUUUAGAUGCGUUGCGUCGCACCGAGUACGAUGUUCUGAUCAUUGGCGGUGGAGCGGUAGGCGCUGGAUGUGCUCUAGAUGCAGCUACACGUGGAUUGAAGACUGCCCUGGUUGAGGCCGAUGAUUUUGGUAGUGGCACCUCGUCGAAAUCCAGUAAAUUACUGCACGGCGGUCUGCGAGAUUUGGACCAUGCAAUCACACAUCUCGACUUGUCCGCCUUUCGGCGUGUUCACUCAUCGCUGCAGGAGCGCAGAAACAUUACCAAUCUGGCGCCGCACCUCAAUCAGUCGGUGCCAAUUAUGCUGCCCGUACACAAUUGGUGGCAGUUGCCUGUCUAUUGGAUGAAACUGCGUCUCUAUCACUUAAUGGCACCGGGCACAUCGAAAGGAUUCACAUACAUCAAUAGCCGGAAGGCCCUCGAAAUGUUUCCGAUGAUGCGCCGUGACAUGGUUGGCGCCUUCGUCUUCUACGAGGGCCAGCACGACGACGCUCGGAUGUGUCUCGCAAUCAUUUUGACCGCCUCCCGCUAUGGCGCCGACGUCUGCAACCACAUGAAGGUGGUCGAUCUGCUGCGGGACAAGAACAAAACUGUAAUUGGAGCCAAAGCUAUCGAUCAACUGACCGGCCGAGCUUACACGAUUCGCGCCAAAAUGGUCAUCAAUGCAACUGGCCCCAUGAGUGAUUCUAUUAUCCGCCUGGAGGAUGCUAGUGCGUCGCAGCAGUGUACGCCCACCUGGGCCUCGCACAUUGUGCUGCCGCCCUUUUACUGUCCCGAAGAGGUAGGGCUCUUCGAUCCGUACACGGACAACGGUUCGACAAUAUUCUUUUUACCCUGGCUGGGGCAUACGCUAAUGGGCACCUCGGAUGACACACGCGAGGCCACCCAGGGGAAACAGCCAACAGAGAUGGAGGUUCAGUAUCUCUUGGACAGCAUCAGAAACUACAUUAAUCCAAAUUUUGAUGUACGCCGCUGUGACGUGCUCGCAGCUUGGGGCGGCUAUAAGCCGCUUCCCACUCAGUCGACAGAGCUGGCCCAUUCGACGCUCAAGAACCAUGUGAUUUCUAUAGGGCCCGGUAACAUGGUUUCAAUCGUGGGCGGCACAUGGACAUCGUUCCGGCUGAUAGCAGAGAAGGCUAUAGACGCUGCCAUUAUCAAUGGUGGACUUCAGCCGUUGCGAAAGCAUUCGAUUACGGCGACCUCAUGCAAGUUGGAUGGCGCCAUUGGCUGGUCACCAAACAUGUUUAUACGACUGGUGCAGGAUUUCGGUCUGGAGCGGGAUGUGGCCAAGCACUUGUCCGACACAUACGGCUCAAAUGCGUUCAAGGUGGCCGUUGGCGCCAACGCCAGUGGCAGCGUGUGGCCCAUUAUAGGUAAACGGUUGCACUCCGAAUUUCCCUAUAUUGAGGCGGAGGUGCGACAGGGGGUUAGGGACUAUGCCUGCACCCUGGUCGACAUGGUGGCACGUCGACUGCGUGUCGCCUUUCUUAAUGUCCAGGCGGCCGAGGAUAUUUUGCCGCGCGUGGCCAGCGAAAUGGCGCGCGAGCUGAAAUGGAGCCGAGCUAGGCGAUUAAGAGAAAUCAAAGAAGCGCAAGAAUUUCUAAAUACUCAAAUGGGAAAUACAACCGAAUUCGAUCCAAUUCAUAUGAAUAUACCCAUAAAGCUGUCUGUGGAUCAGGUGCAGAAGUAUGCCGAGCAUUUCAGAAAUCUCGACGAGGCCAAUACGGGCUUCGUGUCGAUAAACAAAUGCUGUGCGGCCAUGAAGUCGUUCGGUGUUAAAGAGGUGCCGGUGGACCUGAUGCACGACGUGCUGCGGGACAUUGACUGUCACUCCCAGGGCAAGGUAAAUCUCUAUGAAUUCCUCAUGCUCAUGUCGGCCAUUGUGCACGGAGACACGGCAUAUUUACGUUAUGCCAAGAUGCAUUUAGACCAGAAAAUUUCGGCAAUAAGCCGCCGGCGGCGCAAACAAAGCGAAUGUACGGUCGAGCGGUCCGGAGGCGGCUUGUGAAGAUCGAAUCAAUCAAUCUCGUACAAAACUCUUAGUGUAUUUAAAUUAUUCUGUACUGUCUCUUAUACUAUUUAUAUUUAUUUGGUAGUGCUACCAUAUCGUAGCAAACAGAACUCAGCAGUGUUGCCACACUUUAGCUAGGCAACUCAGCUCAUUCGAGUCGUUCGCGUUCAAAAAAAGUAUAACGGAAAUGAACGAGCAGUAACAGUAGAAUAUAAUGCGAAAGUAAUUAAAUAUGGAAA